AUGGAGAAGUCCCGGUGGGAACGUUCGGAACGUUCGGAGAGACGGGAACACGUCGUCCAACAGGAACAUGUCCAGCGAACUGAACAUUACACCCAGAUGCUCACACAGCAAGUGGAGAGCGCUGGCGUCGAACGUUUACCCAUCACCUCAGGCAGACCUGGAGACCCGUCUCCACCAAUCUUCGAGCAAAUAUUUAAAAAUGCGAGAUUUGCACAAGGCGGCAACGCUAAAUUUGAAGGAAAGCUGAGGGGUAAUCCCACACCUGUGGUAUCAUGGACCAGAAAGAAGGCCCCAUUAGUUGAGUGUAAUAAAUACAGCAUGAGCUACAAUGAACAGACUGGGGACGUGUCUCUACUGAUUAAGCAAAUUGGGCCUGGUGAUGAAGGUGAAUAUACAUGCACAGCCAGAAAUCAAUAUGGAGAAGCAAUUUGCUCUGUGUAUAUCCAACCUGAAGGCGUGCCAGUGCCCGCACAUCAAGCCUCACAGCAACAAAGCUACAGGCAUGUAAGUGAGAGUGUAGAACACAAGUCUUAUGGAACACAGGGUUAUUCUUCAGAACAAUCACGACAGUCUCAGAAAUACGCAUAUACAAAUGGAUCAUCAGAUUUCUCUACCACUGAAGAUUUUAAAGUGGACACCUUUGAAUAUAGACUUUUGAGAGAAGUAUCUUUCAGAGAGACUAUAACUAAAAGAUAUAUUGGAGAAACUGACAUACAGAUAAAUACAGAGAUCGAUAAGACUUUAGGACCAGUAUCGCCUCCAAAAAUAUCACAGAAACCUAGAAAUUCUAAAUUACAGGAAGGUACUGAUGCACAGUUCCAGGUGCAACUGUCUGGCAAUCCUAGGCCACGUGUGACAUGGUUUAAAAAUGGCCAGAGGAUAGUAAAUUCAAAUAAACACAAUAUAAUAACCACUAACAAUCAAACGAUUCUUAGGGUUAGAAAUACACAAAAAUCUGAUUCAGGUCAUUACACACUUUUGGCCGAAAAUCCUAACGGUUGCAUUGUUACUUCAGCUUACCUUGCUGUAGAAUCUCCUCAAGAAACAUAUGUACAAGAUCAAAAAUCACAAUACACAAUUGAUACUCAACAAGUAGAGACUGAAAGAAUAGAAGUAAGUGAAAAAGCACUUGCUCCGCAAUUUGUUAAAGUCUGCCAAGACAGGGAUGUCACAGAAGGAAAAAUGACGCGAUUCGAUUGCCGCGUCACAGGCAGACCUUAUCCAGAAGUCACGUGGUUCAUUAACGAGAGACAAAUCCGAGACGAUUAUAAUCAUAAGAUAUUAGUAAACGAAUCAGGUAAUCAUGCGCUUAUGAUUACGAACGUCAAUUUACGUGAUAGUGGUGUAGUAACAUGUGUAGCGCGAAAUAAGAGCGGUGAAACAUCUUUCCAGUGUCGACUAAACGUUAUCGAGAAAGAGCAAGUAGUUGCUCCGAAAUUCGUUGAACGUUUUAGUACUUUAAAUGUACGAGAGGGUGAGCCUGUUAUAUUGAAUGCACGCGCUGUUGGCACACCUACACCACGUAUCACGUGGCAAAAGGAUGGAGUUCCGAUUAUACCCAAUCCAGAGUUACGAAUAAAUACCGAAGGUGGGGCCUCGACAUUAGAUAUACCCAGAGCAAAGGCGUCGGAUGCGGCAUGGUACCAGUGUACUGCUCAGAAUGUCGCAGGCUCCACAGCAACUCGGGCGAGGCUUUAUGUGGAAGUACCAAAAGAGCCUCCGCCUGAGCAAAAGCGUCUGCACUUGCCCCGGCCUACAAAAAUUAUCGAACCAGAGCCUGCUCCUGGACCGGAAAUUAUAUAUUUGAGGCGAAGAGCACCAUACGUUUUCCGUGAAAGAAGACAACCGGUCGGCGACCCAACGAUGAGAAUCGAGUGGUUGAAAAAUGGCCAAAGCAUAGAAGCCAGUUCUAGAUUUACUUCAAUAUUCCGCUUUGGAUAUAUUUCUCUAGAUAUGCUCAGUCUUAAUAUUCAAGAUAGUGGUGAAUAUACAUGCCGAGCAGUAAGUGCUACAGGUAUGGCGGAAACAAAGGCUAUGUUACAAGUUACACCGAGAGCAACUAUUGAACGAACUAGUCAACAUCCAGAAAGCUUACAAUAUAUUCAACAACUAGAAGACUACUCUAAAUAUCAACACCAAGAGUCUAUAGAAGAGCAAAUAUCGCAAAAACCACAAUUUAUUAGACCAUUACAAGAUCUUGGUGAACUACAAGAAGGAAGAAAUGCCCAUUUCGAAGCUCAACUUACUCCAGUCAGUGAUCCUACUAUGAGAGUCGAAUGGUACAAAGAUGGUAGAUCUAUCACAGCCAGCUCGCGAAUCACAGCAAUCUUCAACUUCGGCUACGUCUCCCUUAACAUCAUGCACCUACGGGCUGAAGAUGCAGGUUCGUAUACAGUGAGGGCCGUGAAUAGAUUAGGUGAAGCCAUUAGUACUGCUUCGAUAAGAGUAGCAGCUAGAAGUACAGUCACAGCUGAUCUCGGCAUACCUGAACAAAGAAGAUAUAUAGAAAAGACUGAGCAAUUAGAAGCUUAUCAGCAACAACAGCAUCAAAAAUAUUAUCAGGAAGCACCUGAAAGUACACAAAAACCUGAAUUUAAAACACCAAUAAAAGAUCAAAUCAAUAUUAAAGAAGGUGGUUUCGCCCACUUUGAGGCUCGUCUCGAGCCAAUUGGUGAUUCCACUUUAAGAGUAGAAUGGUUGAAGGAUGGACGACCUGUUGAGGCUAGUUCAAGAAUUACUACGUUCUUCAACUUUGGAUAUGUAGCUUUAACAAUAAAGUCCGUAACAAUUCAUGACGCUGGACAUUAUACGUGUCGGGCUUAUAAUGCACUUGGUCAAGCAACUACGAGUGCUAACCUUACAAUUAUAACAAAGAAAGAUAUUAUUGCUGAAUCACAACACCCUGGUGGAUAUGAGAAAAUCCAAUACUUAGAAGAUUCCAGUAGAUAUUCGAAACGAUCAGAGGAAGAAGUUAGAAUAACACAAAAGCCAAGAUUCUUAGGCCCACUUAAAGGGACAAAUAAAAUAGUAGAAGGACAAAGCGCUCAUUUCGAGGCAAGAGUGGAGCCUCAGAGCGACUUAACAAUGACUGUUGAAUGGUACUUCAAUGGAAAGCAAAUUAAAUCAGCCAAUCGUAUUCAAACGUAUCAUGACUUCGGCUACGUUGCUUUAGAUAUUACUAACGUCCGAGCUGAAGAUUCCGGCGUUUACACAGUCGUAGCACGAAAUGCUUCUGGCGAAGCGCAACUCAGUGCUUCCAUGGUAGUCGAAACACGAUCCAGUAUUGACACCUCAAGCAUCCACCAUGGCUUAUAUGAAAAAACAAGGCAAUUAGAAGAAUCUAAAUUUGUUGAGCCAAUGUAUCACAUUGAGGAAAUUUCAAAAUCAAAACCAAUUUUCGUUCAACCUUUGUCAGACCCACAACCAGUUUCCGAAGGUAAAAAUAUCCACCUUGAAUGUAGAUUGGAGCCAAUGGGUGACCCUACUAUGAGAGUCGAAUGGUUUCAUAAUGGCAGAGCUGUAACAGUAGGCUCUCGCUUUAAGACAUACUAUGAUUUUGGUUUCGUUGCAUUAGACAUCAUACAUGCAACGUCAUCUGAUUCAGGAGAAUACACUGUUAGAGCAGUUAAUCACUUAGGUUCAGCACAUACAUCUGCUAUGGUACGUGUAAUUGAAAGAUCUGACAUUUUGACUGACACACAAAACGAGCAGGCAGUUGAGCAGAUUCAAAUACUAGAAGACGCUGCUCGUAGAGGCAGACAGGUUCAAGAAGACAUAACAGUUUUGCAAGCACCACACUUUUCUAGACCAUUGCAUAAUAUUGAGAUUGUUGAAGGCACGAACGUGCACUUGGAAUGCCGAUUGCAACCAGUUGGAGAUCCAACUAUGAAAGUAGAAUGGUUCUGUAACGGCAGGCCAAUUAAAACAGGACACAGGUUUAGACCAGCCUAUGAAUUUGAUUAUGUCGCUCUAGAUCUUUUGAGCGUCUAUCCAGAAGAUUCUGGAGUGUACACUUGUCAAGCCACGAAUCAAUUAGGAGAAGCAGUCACUUCAUGUGCCCUUCGUGUGAUGGCAAAGAAAGAUUUAAUCUUUGAUUCUCAACAUCCUUCUGGAUUAGAAAAAAUUCAAUAUUUAGAAGACUCAUCUCGAUACAAGAAAUCCGAUGUUAUCGAUGAAUCUAUAAACAUCAAGCCACGAUUUGUGACUAAACCAAAAUCAAUUGAAAAUGUCAAAGAGCGUAAUCACGUGCACUUUGAAUGCAAGCUCGAACCAGUCACUGACCCCAACCUAAAAGUUGAAUGGUUUAAGAAUGGUCAACCAGUUACUAUUGGCCACAGAUUCCGACCAAUUCAUGAUUUUGGUUAUGUUGCCUUAGACAUAAUUGAUCUUAUCGCAGAAGAUUCAGGCGUUUACACAUGUAGGGCUGUGAAUCUAGUCGGUACUGAUGAAGUCAGCUGUAGAUUAACAUGUCGUGAAACAGCUGAUAUUAUUCGAGCUACUCAAAAUGAAGCCGGUUUGGAACAAAUUCAAGUUCUAGAAGACAGAUCUAAAUAUCAUAGAACUGAUUUCGUGGACGAGAUAACCACUCAAGCACCGAUAUUCACUACAUCCUUGAAAAAUGUAGAAAUUAAGGAAGGUCAACGUGCGCAUUUCGAAUGCAGAUUAAUACCAGUGUCAGAUGCAACUAUGAAAGUUGAAUGGUAUCAUAAUAAUAAACCUUUAAAGAGUGGAUCAAGAUUUACAGAAACUAACAAUUUUGGUUUUGUGGCUCUUGACAUUAUGUCUUGUUUGCCUGAAGACUCAGGAACUUAUACUUGCAGGGCAAUCAAUGCCCUUGGUGAAGCUGUUACUUCUGGUGUUGCUAUUGUUCAUUCGAAAAAGUCAAUUUACCUUGAGUCUCAACAUGAAAGUGCUUUGCCAAGACUUAAUCAGCUGGAAGACUCAUCAAGACAUCAAAGGCAGUCUGCACAAGAGGAGUUUGUUACUCAGGCUCCUAUGUUUACAAUGCCCAUGAAAGAUAAAAGAGUGGCUGAGAACCAAGCAGUACACUUUGAAGCAAGGCUCAUCCCUGUUGGUGACCCCAAGUUAAGAGUUGAAUGGUUGCGCAAUGGAGUUCCUAUUGAAGCUUCAAAUCGUAUUACUACAAUGCACGAUUUUGGCUACGUUGCCCUUAAUAUGAAAUACGUUAAUCCUGAAGAUUCUGGUACAUACACGUGCCGUGCAAUUAAUGAACUAGGGGAAGCGGUUACAUCUUCUACCUUAUUUGUUCAAUCCAAAGCAUCUUUACAAUUGGAGUCUCAGCAUGAAACAGCAUUACAAAAGAUCCAACAAUUAGAAGAUACAUCACGCUACCAGCGUAGGGAAGAGAUUGAGGUUGCAGUGAAUCAAGCUCCUCGAUUCAUUACUCAAUUAAACGGGCCAUCAAGAUUGAUUGAAGGUCAAAGUGCACACUAUGAAUGCAGAAUAGAGCCCUACCCAGACCCUAAUAUGCGGGUUGAAUGGUAUUUUAAUGGUAAAGUUUUACAAAGUGGUCAUCGGUAUCGCACAGCUUAUGACUUUGGGUUUGCCGCUCUUGACAUUCUCACAGUUUAUGCUGAAGACUCCGGUGAAUACACAUGUAAAGUUAUUAAUAACUUAGGCCAGGCAAUAUCCUCUAUCAACUUAAAUGUUCAAUCUAAAGAAUCUAUUAUAAGAGAUACACAGCACGAAAGUGCAUUAGAAAAGAUUCAAUAUCUUGAAGACGAUAGCAGAUAUAAGCGAGUGGUACGAGACGAAGGCUUUAUUGCAGAAAAACCACAAUUUGGAAAACCUCUUAAGAAUGUUCACGUGGCGGAAGGCCAGCCCGUACAUUUAGAAGCUACUUUAACUCCCGUUAACGAUCCAACAAUGCGCGUUGAAUGGUAUUGUAAUGGAAGACCAAUUCCUCAGGGCCACAGGUUCAAGUCUACUUAUGACUUUGGAUAUGUGGCUUUGGAUGUCCUUUAUGCAUAUGCAGAGGAUUCUGGAACAUAUAUGUGUAGAGCUACAAACGCAGUUGGUGAAGCCAUUACCACUAGUUCUGUUAAUGUCGAUGCUAAGGCUUCUCUCUAUCUCGACACUUUAGAUGAACAGCGUUUGAGAAAAAUUAAGGAACUCGAACAAUAUGAAAGACCAAAAGCAGUGGAAGAAGAGCAACCAGGCCAAAGGCCUGUAUUUUUAACAGCAUUAACAAGUCUAGAGAACCUUAAGGAAGGUGAUCGCGCUCAUUUUGAAUGUAGAGUUGAACCAAUAAAUGAUCCUGAUCUUAAGAUCGAAUGGUUCCUCAAUGGCCAAAAGAUUAAAACAGGCCACAGAUUUAGAACAACGCAUGACUUCGGAUAUGUCGCGUUGGAUAUAUUAUAUUCAUACGCAGAAGACUCCGGUACUUACAUGUGCAAAGCUACUAACAAACUCGGAGAAGCAGUCAAUACGUGCACGUUGAAGGUUGCAAGUCACAGGAAUAUAAUUUUAGACACACAACAUCCCAAUGGUCUUGAAAAAAUAAGAAAACUGGAGGCACAAGGUCAUACAGGUAGAAUUGAAAUUGAAGAACCCAAGAUUUCACCUCCAAGAUUCGUUACAGAACUCAGAGGAACAACUCACGUUUUUGAAGGUCAAACGGCACAUUUUGAAUGUCAAGUUGAACCCGUGCACGACCCCAAUUUACGCAUAGAGUUCUAUCAUAACGGCAAAGCACUGCAAUCUGCGUCACGGUUCCAUAUCACUUUUGAUUUUGGUUACGUGUCAUUGGAUAUCCAACACUGUGUCCCCGAAGAUGCAGGUGAAUAUUCUGUCAAAGCCAUAAAUGCUCUUGGUCAAUGUACCUCUGCAAUAUCCAUGACAGUAACCGCAAAAGGUAGUAUUAUAUCGGAAUCUCAACGUCCUGAAGGUCUCGAGAAAAUCCGAGAGUUAGAAUCAGCGGAACCAUUUAAAAGACCUGAAAUUCCAGAGCCGGUCACAAGGCAAAGACCUGUAUUUACUCAACCUCUUCAAAAUAUUGAUAACAUUCAGGAAGGGCAAACAGCCCACUUUGACUGUAGGCUUAUUCCUGUUGGAGAUCCCACUCUGAAAGUGGAAUGGUUUAGAAACGAAAAGCUUAUCGAGGACAGUUCCAGAAUCACUAAAACACAUGACUUUGGGUAUGUGUCAAUGACUAUUUCACACGUUCGUGAUGAAGAUGAAGGUGUUUACAUGUGUAGAGCAUCAAACUUACUUGGAGAAGCUGUUACAACAGCUGCAAUGAAGAUUAAAACUAAAGCAGCUAUCCAAAUUGAUACACAACAUCCGGAAGGCAUGAGGAAAAUCCAGAAACUUGAAGAACCUCUUCCUAAAAAACCUGAUGAACCGGAACGAGAGUUCGAGAAGCCUAUCUUUACUCAAGUCCUGACUGGACCUUCAGAGUUAUGGGAAGGACAACAUGCUCACUAUGAAGCACGGGUAGUGCCUGUCGGUGACCCAAGCUUAAGAUUUGAAUGGUACAUAAAUGGCGUUGAAUUAAAAAUGGGUUCACGUUUCCGCACUACACAUGAUUUUGGUUUUGUUACCUUGGAUAUUAACUCAGUUGUAGCGCAAGAUGCAGGUUUAUACAUGUGCAAGGCUAUUAAUAAAGCAGGAAGUACUGUUUCCUCUACUUCUCUAAAGGUGAAAACAAAAUCAACAAUUAUCGAUGAAGCUAUGAGGCCUGAAUCAUGGCAAAAAAUUCAAAUGAAAGAAGCAGCAAUGAACAAAGUACCAGAGAUGUUUAUUGAUACAGGUGUGCAGCAAGCUCCUAUAUUUACAACUCAUCUUAAGAGCUAUGACAAACUCGUUGAAGGGCAACACGUUUACUUAGAAGCUCAAGUUGAGCCUCGUACUGAUCCUAAUCUAAGAAUUGAAUGGUUUAAGAAUGGAGUUUCAUUAACAACUGGAUCUAGAUUGAAGAGCACAUUUGAUUUCGGAUUGGUUACUCUUUCUGUCAAUUCUCUGAGGAUCGAUGAUUCUGGUAUUUAUACUUGCAAAGCAACUAAUUUAAUGGGUGAAGCUGUAUCAACUGCAUCUAUAAAAAUAGAAGAUCGUCAUUGGCUACUUGGCGAAUCACUUCACCCAGAAUCAUUAGAUCGAAUUGGCGCUUUAGAACAACCUAAGCCUGGUAAACCUGAAUCACCAGAGCCAGUUUAUGAAACACCUGUUUUCAUUACUCAUCUUAACAAUAUAUUAUGCAAAGAAGGAGACAAUAUUCACUUCGAAUGUAAUGUUGAACCAUCUAGAGAUCCUACUCUUAAGAUCGAAUGGUUCUUUAAUAACAAACCUUUACCAUCAGGUACUAGAUAUAAGAGCACCCAUGAUUUUAGCUAUGUGUCUUUGGACAUUAACCACACCUACGAAGAAGACUCAGGUAUUUACACUUGUAAAGCUACUAACAGCAAGGGCUCUGCCACAACCUCUGGAACGUUGAGGUGUACCGGUGAUAAGCAUAUUUAUCUUGACACUCAACAUCCUCAAGGAAAAGCAGGUUUAGAAGCUGUUGAACAAGCAGAAGAAGCUAGGUUGGCUAAAGGACGAAGGUCAUCUGUCCCAGAUGCAGAAUAUCCAAAACCAGAAUGGGUGGUGCCGGUAGUUGCAGAACACAAGUUAAUUGAAGGGCAAGCACUUCACCUCGAAGGUCAAGUAGAACCCAAAAAUGAUCCAGAUUUGAAAAUUGAGUGGUACUUCAACGGAAAAGUUUUAGAACAAGGUUCUCGAUUCAAACUUUCAAGUGAUUUUGGCUUUGUAACCUUAGAUUUGAUUGACGUAUAUGAAAGAGACAGUGGAAUUUAUACUUGCAAAGCAUACAAUAAGAGAGGAGAAGCAUUUACAUCCUCAACGAUUUAUUGUACAAGCAAAGAAAACCUUAUUGAGAGAACACAACAUCCAAAAGGUAAGGAAGGGUUGGAAAAGAUUCAAAAUCUUGAAGAAUCUCUUCGUAGAGAACCUGGGCAGAAGCCUGAUGACGAUACUGGAAGACCACCAGAAUUUGUUACAGUGUUCCAAGAUAUUACUGACAUAAGUGAAGGGCAAAUUGCUCAUUAUGAAGCAUCUUUGAUACCCACUGGUGACCAAAGCAUGGUAAUCGAAUGGUUCUAUAAUGGUAAGACUAUUGAAGCCAGUCAUAGAAUACGUACAGUAUAUGCGUUUGGCAUGGUAGUUCUUGAAAUUUUGGGAACAAAGACUUCUGAUUCUGGUGUAUACUCAUGUCGAGCUACUAACAAAUGGGGACAAGCAGAAAUAAGUGUAAAACUUGAAUGUGUUGAUAAGAGUAAAGGUCAAAAGCCCAGGUUUACUACUCACAUUCAAAAUAUCGAAGGCCUUAAGGAUGGACAAUCAGCUCACUUUGAGUGUACUGUAGUACCCGUAGAUGAUCCUGAUAUGAAGAUUGAAUGGUACCACAACGGUCAACCAUUACGUCAUUCUACAAGAAUAAAAACAAUAUCUGACUUCGGUUUUGUUGUUCUCGACAUAGCUUAUACUCAGAAUCAUGACACCGGCGAAUACGUUUGUCGGGCUUACAAUAAAUACGGUGAAGAUUUUACUAAAGCCACUAUAUCAUGCUAUGGAAGAGGUGGAGUAUACUCAGAUAGUUUACAACCUGAGUCUUUGGCUAAAAUCAGGGAGUUGGAAAGCUUACAAGGAUUACAGCAACAAGCUCCAGCACCAGCUUCUGCAGAGCCACCUAAAUUUAUUACUCAGAUACAAGAUGUCACAAAAUUAGUAGAAGGGCAGAGCGCCCACUUUGAAGCAAGAUUGACACCGGUGGAUGAUCCUGACCUUAAGGUCGAAUGGUUCUAUAACGGUAAAAAAUUACCACAUGGACAUAGAUACAGAACGUUCCAUGAUUUUGGAAUUGUUAUAUUAGACAUCUUGUACUGUUAUGAAGAAAACUCGGGUGAAUAUGAAUGUAUUGCAACCAAUAAAUUAGGCCGUGAUUCAACGAAAGCCACGCUUAAAUGCACAUCGAAGGAGAAUUUGAUUUUGGACUCGCAACUACCGCGGGGCAUGGAAGGUGGAUUGGAAAAAUUGCAGACAUUAGAAGACUCGAUGAUUCGCAGAAAAGACACUGAAGUAGAAGAAAAACGUGGAAAGGCGCCGGUCUUUACAGUGCCACUUUCCAACAUCGAAAACUUAAGAGAAGGAGAAAACGCUCACUUUGAAGCACGCUUAACACCUACUGAUGAUCCUAAUCUUAAAGUUGAAUGGUACUGGAAUGGAAAGUCACUAAAGGCUGGCUCUCGAUUCAGGACUUUCUGUGACUUUGGAUUUGUUAUUCUUGAAAUAUCUCCAACAUACCCAGAAGAUUCUGGUGAAUACUCAUGUAGAGCAUAUAACCACUAUGGUGAAGCAGUAACAACGGCUGCUAUGAAAGUACAAGGGAAAAGAAACAUUAUCCUGGAAUCUCAGUUACCUAAAGGUAUGGAAGGUACUAUUGACAAGAUCGCUGCUUUAGAAGGUUAUACUGGUACCGUGGAUAAUUUGACUCCAGAAGCUGAAAGUGGAAAACCACCUGAAUUUGUAACCACACCAUCAGAUCUCAUCCUAUCGGAAAAUUCGUCAGCACACUUUGAAUGCCGGUUAAUUCCUGUCAAUGACUCCAGCAUGACAGUUGAAUGGUUCCAUAAUGGCAAAGCUCUUCUUACUGGUUCUAGAGUGAAGACUAUUAAUGAUUUUGGAUUUGUUAUAUUAGAAAUUGGUGGCGUAUACCAACGUGAUGCCGGUUUAUAUACAUGCAAAGCAACGAAUCGUCAUGGUGAGGCCACAGUGUCGUGUAAGCUCCAAGUCAAAGGUAGGCAAGGUAUUAUACUUGAACCUCAACUCCCAUCGCAAUUUAAAUCAGGAACCGAAAGUAUACAAAAACUAGAAGAAACUCUGCAUAAACGCGAAGAAAUUACUAUAGAGGAUGAGAAACCAAAUCCUCCUAGAUUUACUGUUGAAAUCAAGGACAAUCUUGAUGUAAGCGAAGGCGGUCCUAUACACUUCGACUGCCGCGUAGAACCUGUCGGUGAUCCUACAAUGAGAAUCGAUUGGUUCCACAAUGGAAGACCUUUUGCAACAGGAUCUAGAGUGCAUAUGCUUAACGAUUUUGGUUUCAUUGCUUUAGACAUUGAUUAUAUUUAUGCAAGAGAUUCUGGAGAGUAUACUUGUAGGGCAACUAAUAAGUGGGGCUCUGCCACCACUACCGCUAAGAUUACAUGCAGCACGAAACGCGACAUUAUUUUAGAAUCACAAUUACCGCAAGGCAUGAGCGGUGAGAAAAUUAAGGAACUAGAAAAAGGACGUGUAAGUCAAGUUCCUAAAGAAGAACCUGUAAUUAGUACUCCACCUAAGUUUAUUACUCAAAUUCAGUCACACACCAUUGAAGAAUCUGAAUCCAUCCGUUUUGAAUGUCGUGUCGAACCAAAGGAAGAUCCUAAAUUGCGUAUUGAAUGGUAUAGGAAUGGAAAAUUAUUACCCUCAGGGCACCGAUUCCGUACAGUUUAUGAUAUGGGCUUUGUGUCCCUUGAUAUUUUAUACGUAUAUGCUGAAGAUUCAGGUGAAUAUGUUUGCCGAGCUGUAAACGACUUUGGAGAAGAUUUUACUAAAGCAACAGUAUCAUGCAAGCAACUACCGGACAUUAUCUUACAAAACCAAGUACCUAAGGGUAUGAAGAAAUCGGAAGCUUUGACACAAAUGGAGGCAACAAUUAAAAAAUAUACCUCUGAAGUUUUCCUAACAGAAGAUGAUCUUUACGAUGUUGACAAAAAGCAACCACCACGAUUUGUCACUCAAAUUCAAAGCCAAACAACGCUUGUUGAAAUGGAAUCAACCAAAUUUGAAUGCCAACUGGCCCCAGUUGGUGAUCCAAACAUGAAAGUUGAAUGGUUUUUCAAUGGCAAACCUUUGCUACACAAGAAUCGGUUUACACCAAUUUAUGACUUUGGUUACGUUGCGAUGAACUUCGGUUGGGUUUAUCCUGAAGAUAGCGGUGAAUAUCUUUGCCGUGCUACCAAUUUGUACGGCAUGGAUGAAACUAAAGCUGUUAUUAAGACAGCUGGUAAACCAGGCAUUGUAUACGAUUCUCAGUUGCCUAAGCAUAUGAAGAGUAUUGAAAAAAUAAGAGAAAUGGAAGCUUCCUGGCAAGUUGCACCUGAGAGCACCGUUGAAGAAACCAAGCCUCGAUCAGCACCUGUAUUUGUAAGUCGUCCAGAACCAGUAACAGUUGAAGAAGGAGAGUGGGCCCGUUUUUGCUGUCGUGUUACAGGCCAUCCAAAACCUCGCGUAAUGUGGCUCAUUAACGGAAACACGAUCGUUAACGGUUCUAGAUACAAGUUAACAUACGAUGGAAUGUAUCAUUUAGACAUACCUAAAACGAGACAGUAUGAUACUGGUAAAAUCGAAGUAAUUGCCAGAAGCUCAGUAGGAGAGGCUUUAGCUACGACCGAAUUAAAAGUUAUCCCGAGACACGAUGAUUAUAGAGGUGUACUCAAAAACGCACCACGGCCUUGGUAUGACGAAACAACGCAAUAUCAACGCACUGAAACUGAAUUAGAAAAAACAUUUGAGGAGAGGCACACUAUGCAACGUCAAGGUGUAAUAGAUCAUAGACCCGAAUUGAAGCCAAAGGUAGUUAAAGAUGCUGAAACUGAAUGGCAGCAAACCGUUAAGAAGAAGAAGAGUGAAGAAUAUUAUAAUAAACUUCAGGAAUUAGAGAAUGAACAAAUUGUUAAGGAAAGUAGAUUAAGGGAGUCAUCUCAUCAGUACGCUGUCCCUGGAGAGAAAGUUACUAGCUCUUCUGUUGCUAGGAGUAUGGCGCAGAAAUAUGAAGACAAUUUGGAAACUGAAGAAGUCGUUGAAAUGCAAACUCAAAAGAAAGUUCAAAAGCCAAGAAUACCCGGUCCUUCUGAAUCAACUGUUCAUGGCAAAGAAGUGCAUGUCGCAAAACAAAAACAAAUUCAAAAAGAGGUAGUUGGUGAUACUGAAAUAACUCGUAAAAUAACAUCUACAGAAACUACUGAAGUUGAACACAAGGCGCAAACUCAAGAAAGAGUGGUAGAAGGACUUGUCAAGCCUAGCACACCACCUAUAUUUACCAAAAAAAUGCAACCAUGUCGUGCAUUCGAACAUGAGCAGGCAAGAUUUGAAGUAGAAUUUGACGGAGAUCCACUUCCAACAAUUAAGUGGUACCGUGAGAACUUCCCAAUCAAAAAUUCUCCUGAUUUCCAAAUUCACACAUUUAGCACCAAAUCCAUAUUAAUUAUUAGACAAGUGUUUAUUGAAGAUUCUGCCGUUUUUGCUGCUGUUGCAGAAAAUAGAGGUGGUACAGCAAAAUGCAGCGCUAACUUAGUCGUAGAAGAGCGAAAACGACAAGGUAGAGGUGGCAUUAUACCUCCUAGCUUUACAUUAACAGCCCAAAAUGUAAAUGUUAUAGCUGGUCAGUUGGUAAGGUUUGAUACAAAAGUUACGGGAACCAAGCCCAUAGACGUAUACUGGCUAAAGAACGGAAAGAAAGUUCAACCAGAUAUCAGAAACAAGAUUUUGGAAGAAGAUGGUACUUACACUCUUCUUAUUUUAGAAGCUUUUACUCAAGACUCUGGUAAAUACGAAUGCGUUGCUAUUAAUAGCGCUGGUGAAGCACGUUGUGAUGCUGAAUGUGUUGUUAAUGCCCCUGCUACUAAAGAUAAGCCAAAGCCUCAAACAAAAGCGGCUAACUCUCCACCUGAAAUUAUUGAACCUCUAAAGGACAAAGUAGUAGCUGAAGGACAAGCUAUUGAAUUUAGUUGUAAGAUCGUCGGGAAACCAGUUCCUACAGUACAAUGGUAUAAAGGAGAAAAACUAAUUAAACCGUCAAAGUAUUUCCAAAUGUCUAGAACGGCAGAUGAUUACACUCUACGUAUAUCUGAGGCCUUCCCUGAAGACGAGGGUGAUUACAAGUGUGUAGCUUAUAAUUCAGCUGGACGAGUAACUGUAGCAGCGAAACUUAAAGUAUCACAGCCAGACCAAGCUGACAACUUGCCAAAUUUAACACCACUACGCGAUAUUGUCGUAUAUGAGGGUCAGCCUGCACAAUUCAAGACCCAAAUCAAUAGCAAAGUUAAACCAACUAUUCAAUGGCUUCGAGAAGGUGCUCUUAUACCCGAAACCCCUGAUUUCCAAAUGAUACACGAGGGCAACAAUGCAGUGCUGCUGAUUGGAAACACUUAUGAAGAGGACACUGGCACUUUCACCUGCCGCGCUACCACCGCCGCGGGCCAGGUCGAGACCUCGGCAAAACUAGUCGUCAAAAUCCUAGUCAGCCACCGAGCCGACCGCACCUGGGAGCUGCCAUCGUCGUGCGAGGAGCCUCUGUAUAUUUGGACACACGUAACAUGUGAU